AUUGUGUUGAAUAUUUCCGCAUGCUGCUUUGUCCCAAAGAGAAGCCUUUUGGAGAUAGUGUAGCCCCAGAUGGAGACGACCCAAAGCACAUCCAGUGGGUGUACCAGAAAUCUCGGGAUAGAGCAGCAGAGUUCAGCAUCAAUGGGGUGACUUACAGACUCACCCAGGGGGUCGUGAAGAGAAUAAUUCCUGCUGUGGCUUCUACAAAUGCUGUUAUUGCUGCUGCUUGUGCCACCGAAGUUUUUAAAAUUGCCACAAGCGCAUUCGUUCCCUUGAACAACUACCUGGUGUUCAAUGAUGUGGAUGGGGUGUACACGUACACCUUUGACGCUGAGAGAAAGGAGAACUGUUCCGCCUGCAGUCAGGUGCCACAGGACCUGCAGUUCCUACCUUCAGCUAAACUCCAGGAGGUUCUGGACUACUUGACUGAGAGCGCCUCUCUCCAAAUGAAGUCUCCUGCCAUCACCACAAAUCUGGAUGGAAAAAACAAAACUCUUUAUUUACAAACUGUAGCAUCUAUUGAAGAGAGAACGCGACCAAAUCUAAGCAGAACACUAAAAAGGUGAUUGAAAGUGUUCUGUGAUAUCAUGUAGUAAAAGUUACCCAUUUAAUAAGUGUAUUUCAAAACUGUAUUGAUGUUGUUUAAUGUAUUAAAUGCUUCCUUGUGCGUACAGAGCUUGGACUAGUGGAUGGACAGGAGCUGGCUGUGGCUGAUGUCACGACUCCUCAGACCUUACUCUUCAAGCUCAACUUCAUCUCAUAGGAUUAGUGCUUCAUUCUAAUGGACAGUUACACGUGGUUAUUGCAAUCAUCAUCAAAAAGAAGCAGUCUUGGAGUUGUAGUCUGAAAACUCAACAUAUUUAUAUCAGCAGAGGCAUCACAUGCACUUACUCCGCUGGAAUAUCAGCAGUUUAUGUUUAGCUUUUUGGUCAGCUCCAUCCAUCAAAGACACUUACAGGAGACUUUUUUUGUUUUGCACUGCUAUAGUCUCAAGAGUCAUUUUGGUGGAUCUCUUUUUUUAUGCAAAUUAUUUAUCUAUUUAUUAAGUUGUUGUGCAUUCAAGCACAUCUUGUUCAACGUCUUGUUAAAUUUUUUUUUCAUGUUUUGAAUUAAAUUUCAAAAUCUUAUUUUAAACAAA